GCUGGCUUGCAGGAGAGAGGAAAGGAGAGGGACCGGGGAAGGCUGCAGCAGAGCAAGGAAGAAGCUGCCGGGAGGGCCCAUGAUGAAGACACUCGUUCUUUUGCUGCUGGUGCUCUUGGACUUGGGGCUGGCUCAACAGCGGCUCCACAGGGUGCCCCUCAGGAGGCGACAGUCCCUCCGGAAGAAGCUUCGGGCACGGGGCCAGCUCUCUGAGUUCUGGAAAUCCCAGAAUUUGGAUAUGAUCCAGUUCACUGAGUCCUGCACGAUGAACCAGGAUGCCAGCGAGCCCCUCAUCAACUACUUGGAUAUGGAAUACUUCGGCACCAUCUCCGUGGGCUCUCCGCCGCAAAACUUCACAGUCAUCUUCGACACUGGCUCCUCCAACCUCUGGGUCCCCUCUGUGUACUGCACCAGCCCAGCCUGCCAGACACACACCAGGUUCUACCCUUCCCAGUCCAGCACAUACAGCACAGUGGGGAGUCAUUUCUCCAUUCAGUAUGGGACCGGGAGCUUGUCUGGAAUCCUCGGAGCUGACCAAGUCAAUGUGGAAGGACUGGUGGUGGUCGACCAGCAAUUUGGAGAGAGUGUCACGGAGCCCGGCCAGACCUUUGUGAACGCAGAGUUUGAUGGCAUUCUGGGCCUGGGCUACCCCUCCUUGGCUGUGGGAGGGGUGACCCCGGUGUUCGACAACAUGAUGGCGCAGAACCUGGUGGAUAUACCCAUGUUUUCCGUGUACAUGAGCAGUGACCCAGAAGGCGGUGCGGGGAGCGAACUCAUUUUCGGAGGCUAUGACCACUCCCAUUUUUCUGGGAAUCUGAACUGGGUCCCUGUCACCAAGCAAGGCUACUGGCAGAUUGCCCUGGAUGCAAUCCAGGUGGGAGGUACGGUGAUGUUCUGCUCCGAGGGCUGCCAGGCCAUCGUGGACACGGGGACUUCCCUCAUCACAGGCCCCUCAGACAAAAUCAAGCAGCUGCAGAAGGCCAUUGGGGCAGAACCCAUGGAUGGAGAAUAUGGGGUGGAGUGUGCCAACCUCAACGUCAUGCCGGAUGUCACCUUCACCAUCAAUGGCGUCUCCUAUACCCUCCAACCAACCGCCUAUACCCUGCUGGACUUUGUGGAUGGAAUGGAGUUCUGCAGCAGCGGCUUUCAAGGGCUUGACAUCCAGCCUCCCGCUGGGCCCCUCUGGAUCCUGGGAGAUGUCUUCAUUCGGCAGUUUUACUCGGUCUUUGAUCGUGGGAAUAACCGCGUUGGGCUGGCCCCGGCAGUCCCCUAAGUCACAGCCUUUUGCCUGUGCCUGCCUGCCUUCCCGACACCCCUUGGAAAUCCAGCUACGCCCGUUAGGUUGGGGCACCCUUCACAAUGGUCAAAAAGUCAUUUUCAGGAAGGUACAGUUCUAGAGCUGCAACUUGAAUUAGGUCCACAAAGAGCAUAUGAACAUACAUACACACACACACACACACUCUGACACACUUCACACACACCCGCGUGCACCCACCUCCACCACCAUCAUGAUGGAAACAUUAAGUUGUAUGCCCAUACUUUUUACUGUUGCUAACAUUUCCUUUUGGAGCUCUCCAGACAUGUACACAAGCAGAGAUUAUACACAGAGAUGACCUGCACGUGGACAGGCCUGUUUUAUCAGUACCCGCCACCCCUCCUUUCCCCAGCCCACCUGCCUGCAUUAUUCUGAAGCAAAUUCCUGGCAUCCCAUCAUAAAUCCUCACAUCCAAGAUUUAUCCAUAAAUCCUUGUAAUAGUCUUAAAUAGGCAAUCGGUGUUCAGAUGUUCCCCAUUGUCUGGAAAACAUUGGGUGAUUUUUAACGGUGACGUGUGUGUAUCGGGAUGCAAGUAAAAUUCAAAUUUGAA